AUGCGCCGAUGCAAAGGACCGGAGACUCUGUUCGCUGGACAGAAACUCAACGAUAACGAGUGGCACACAGUGAAAGUGGUGCGGAGAGGCAAGAACCUCCAGCUGUCUGUGGACAACGUCACGGUAGAAGGUCAGAUGACUGGUGCCCACACGCGGCUGGAGUUCCACAACAUUGAGACGGGAAUCAUGACGGAGCGCCGCUUCAUCUCCGUGGUGCCGUCCAACUUUAUCGGCCACCUGCAGGGCCUGUCCUUCAACGGCCUGCCCUACCUGGACCAGUGCAAGAACGGGGACAUCUCCUACUGCGAGCUCAACGCACGCUUCGGAAUGCGCCACAUCAUCGCCGAUCCGGUGACAUUUCGAACCAAAGGGAGCUACUUGGCUCUGGCCACGCUACAGGCCUACGCCUCCAUGCACCUGUUCUUCCAGUUCAAGACCACCACACCCGACGGACUCAUGCUGUUCAACUCUGGGGACGGGAGCGACUUCAUCGUAGUGGAGCUGGUCAAAGGCUACGUCCACUACGUGUUCGAUCUCGGCAACGGCCCGUCUCUGAUGAAGGGGAACUCGGACAAGCCGCUCAACGACAACCAGUGGCACAACGUGGUGGUGUCCCGGGACGCUAACAACGUGCACACGCUCAAGAUCGACUCGCGCACCGUCACGCAGCACUCCAACGGCGCCCGCAACCUGGACCUCAAAGGUACGGCAUAA